UGGCUCUCUGGGCGGGCGGACUGUGAGCGUCCGUGCGGUGCGGAGCCGUGGUGCAGCGAGGUGGAGAGGCCGGCGGCAGCGGCCGGGAGCGGCGAACCUGUGCCGGAGCUGGAGAGGGAGCUGUAUCGUGCGUCAGAUCGUCGUGCGGCAACGGUGAGGUGCCGUCCCUAUUGAGGUGCCGGCAGUGCCGCCUCGGAGAUGUUUGCGGCGGGGUGGCUCUGGGUCCGUCAGGAUCGAGCCCUGCUGUGGUGUGUCCUGGUGGCGGCGUGGAAGGAGGCGUGGGGUCAGCUGCGCUACUCGGUUCCCGAGGAGAUGCCGAAGGGCUCGUUCGUGGGCGACGUGGCCAAGGACCUGGCGCUGGAGCUGCCGGCGCUUCGCGCCGGCGGUGUUCGCGUUAUGCUGGAAGGCAAGGGACAAUAUUUUGCUCUGGACAUAAAGACUGGCCAUUUGUAUGUAAACGAACGGAUAGAUCGGGAACAACUCUGUGGACGAAAAGCAGACUGCGUAAUAAAGUCAGAAAUUCUUCUGAAGGGGCAGAUGAAAAUAUAUAAGGUGGCUAUUCACGUUACUGAUGUUAAUGAUAACACUCCCCUCUUUCAACUCAGUGAAUUCGUCCUGAGAGUGAAUGAAAACGCAGUUAAAGGUUCGCGGUACCUCCUGCCCAAAGCCCAAGACGCCGAUAUAGAGCAGAACACUGUACAGACGUACGAACUUAGCGAUAACAAGCAUUUCUCCCUGGAAGUGCAAACGGGACCAGACGGCUCGAAAUUCGCCGAGCUGGUGCUGGCGAAAGCGCUGGACCGGGAGGAGGCGGCCUUUCACGAGCUGGUGCUGAGGGCGAGCGACGGCGGCGAGCCGUCGCGGACGGGCACGGUGCGGAUCCGCGUGGCGGUGCUGGACGCCAACGACAACGCUCCCGUGUUCAGCCAGGCGCAGUACACGGUGCGUGUGGCGGAGGACGUGCCCGUGGGUUAUCACCUGCUUACCGUGAACGCUACGGACGCGGACGACGGAACUAAUUCAGACAUAACAUAUUCCGUCAGAGAAAGUACAGACAAAGCAUCUUCUAUUUUCCACCUCGAGCCUAAAACAGGGGAACUUACAAUUCAGUGCGAACUGGAUUAUGAGGACGAUGAAAGUUAUGAGUUAGAAAUAGAAGCCCGGGAUGGCGCUGGACUCUCGACUCGGGGAAAAAUAUUGGUGCACAUUGAUGACACAAACGACAACGUUCCCGAGAUUACAGUGUCAAGCAGCAUAACAGACAUUGCUGAAGACGCUCCGUCUGGAACAGUUGUCGCUCUUCUGAGAGUCAAGGACCGGGACUCGGGCGACAAUGGGGAGGUGAGGGUUUCCCUACAGGGCAGUCUGCCUUUCCGUCUGGAGAAGACUUUUGAGGACUACUACCGCGUGGUGACUGCCGAGGUGCUGGACCGUGAGGCGGUGUCGGAGUACAACGUGACGGUGCGGGCGUCGGACGGCGGUUCGCCGCCGCUGUGGAGCAGCGCGGUGCUGUCGCUGCGGGUGCUGGACGUGAACGACAACGCGCCGGUGUUCGCGGAGGCGCGGUACAGCGCGCGGGUGGCCGAGAACAACGCGGCGGGCGCGCUGGUGCUGACGGUGCGGGCGGCGGACGCGGACUGGGGUCAGAACGCGCGCGUGCGGUACCGGCUGUGGGAGGGGCGCGUGCGGGGCGCGCCGCUGUCGUCGUACGUGUCGGUGCACGCGGAGACGGGCGCGCUGUACGCGCUGCGCUCCUUCGACUACGAGGAGGUGCGCGAGGUGGGGCUGUGGGUGCGGGCGGAGGACGGCGGCGCGCCGUCGCUGAGCAGCAACGUGUCGGUGCGCCUGGUGAUCGUGGACGAGAACGACAACGCGCCGCAGGUGCUGUACCCGCCGCCGGCGUCGGGCGCGGGCUGGGCGGGCGUGGAGCUGGCGCCGCGGUCGGCGGAGCCCGGGGCGCUGGUGGCCAAGGUGGUGGCGGUGGACGCGGACGCGGGGCAGAACGCGUGGCUGUCGUACGAGCUGGCGAAGGCGACGGAGCCGGCGCUGUUCCGCGUGGGGCUGCACAGCGGCGAGGUGCGCACGGCGCGGGUGCCGCUGUCCCGCGACGCGGCGCGGCAGAGCCUGGUGGUGGUGGUGAAGGACCACGGGCGUCCGGCGCUGUCGGCCACGGCCACGCUGACGGUGGUGCUGGCCGAGAGCGUGGGCGAGCUGCUGUCGGAGCUGGGCAGCGCGGCGGCGGCGGCGGCGGCGGGCGAGCCGUCCGUCAGCCUGACGCGCUGGCUGGUGCUGGCCGUGGCGGCCGUGUCCUGCCUCUUCCUCGCCUUCCUGCUGCUGCUGCUGGCGCUGCGCCUGCGGCGCUGGCGCCGCUCGCAGCUGCUGGCGGCGGGCAGCGGCGCCUUGCGCGGCGUCCCGGCCUCGCACUUCGUGGGCAUCGACGGCGUCCGCGCCUUCCUGCACUCCUACUCGCACGAGGUGUCGCUCACCGCCGACUCGCGCAAGAGCCAGCUCCGCUUCUCGGGCGGCAGCUGCUGCGACACCCUCCCGGCGCGCCCGCCGCCCGACGAGCCCGCGCCGCUGCUCGCCGAGGACGCCGACGGCGCCCGCCGCGCCGACCCCGACGCUCCCCCGGUGAGUUCCUCCCACCACGCUUGCUCUGCCACGCCUCCCUCUCCCGCUUCUCUGCUCUUUCCCAGCCGUGUUCUCUGUCCUGUCUGUAGGAUGAGGUUUAUUUACAAGGAAGGCAAAGCUUCGUUGAUCAUCUCGCUGUGUGGUGGUGCCUCUUUCUCUGGGGAGGUGAACGUGGUCUCAUUGCUUAGCGUUAGAGUAGUUGUGUGA